CAAGGAUGGGUGACUGAUUAGUGGUUAAAAAUACACUUUUAUUUAUUUUAAAUGAUAAAAUAAAUUGAGUUUUAAUUGAUAUUUUCAUGAAAUUAUUGUAAUAUAUUUUAUAAAUGAAAAUAUUUGAUUUUGAUUCAAUUUAUGUCUUUCUUGUAGGAAUUAAAGUGUAUUUUUGUUGAAAGAAAGAGGAAGGAGCAAAGUUGAAAAGAAAUGAAGAAAAAAAUGGCAUUUUUGUUGAAGUCCAAAGCAACCCAACCCAAAAAGGUUAAGCCUAGCCCAUGAAGCUCAUCAUCAAUUUUGUCUCUUCCAAAGCAUGUGAUGCAAUGAUGAUAAGUCUAGGUCAUCAUCAACCCUAUUUUCCUCUUCCACACUCAACCUUCAUCCAAAGAGUAGAAGUCAAAAUCACAAUGAUAACAAAAAUAAUAUUAAUUUUAUUUUUGAUUUGAAAUGUCAAAUUUAAUCUUAAUAUUUAUUUUAUAAUCCCAAAUUUUUAUUUAUUUAUUUUUAGUCCUUUUAUGGCUCUAUAAAUAGGAGCUCAUUUUAGUAAUUUGGAGAGUGUAAUUUUUAGUGUAGAAAAACUAUAGCAAAAUUCUCUCAACUUUUCUUCUCAUCUUUUCUCUUUAGAAAUUUUAUGAGAAUGAUUAGCAUAAUGGUCUAAUCUUCCUUGGAAGGUUAGGGAUGAUUCCAUAUGCAAAGUGAGGUUAUUUUGUAUCUUUGAUUCACUUUUUGUUGUAAUGUUUAUUUGAGUAAUGCAAGUUCAUAUUCCACUUUUAUUUUUAUGUUCUUCUUCCAUCUAUACUAUCUAUGCUAUUAUACCAAAUAUAUAUAUAGACUUAGUCAUGCUCUUUCUAUAUAUUUUUAUUUAGUGAUUAUAGUAAUGAUAGUAUUGCUCAUUUCUAUCUUUUAUGUUCAUUUUUAUUUACUUUUAGUUAAAUGAUAUAUAGGUUUAGUCAUGCUCUCCCUAUGUGUCUAAAAAUUAAUAAAAGUAAUAUUAGUGUUCAUUUCCUUCACUAUCACAUCCAUCUCCAUCUCUAUCUCUUUGUCAUUAUUUUUACUAAAAAUAUAUAGGAUUAGUCAUGCUCUUUCUAUGUGUUACUAUUUAGUAAAAAUAAUAUUGAUGUUUAGUUUUAUAUUUAAUCUUUUAUUGCAUUAUUGCUUGAUGUAUAAUGUCAUUUCUAGGUUCUACAUAAGAUUAAAUUAUUUCUUUUAUUUUUAAGAACUUGUAUACUCAAAAUAUAAUGAACUUUAAUGUUACAUCAUUUGUGUCAACUUAGUGAAUCAAAGGUACAAAAUAACUAAACAAGCAUAUGGAUGAUUCUUGAAGCCUUUCUCUCUUUUAUUAUUGAUUACACCUUUAUUUGCUUUCCUUUAAUAUUUAUUACCAAAACAAAAAUCACAAAAUCAUUUGUUACUAUUAUCACUUAUUAUUAACCUUUUGUUUUUAUUUUUCUACUAACGCUUUUGUCCAUAAUCACCUCCCUGUGGAAUCGACCGCCCGAUCUAUACUACAACCACCGCUAGUGGAAGUCACAUUUGGGCGUUAAACAAAUUUUGGCGCCGUUGCCGGGGAGGUAAUUUUUCGAAAGCUAGUGAAAUCUACAAUCAAGAGGUUAGUAACUUUUUUUUUUUGUUACAUUUUAUUUUCUUGUGAAUAUUGUCUUAUGUUGUGUAAAUAUUUGUAAAAAAAAAUACCAAGAAUUCAAAGUAUGCUCUAAGGUUGCGGUUUUAUCCGAUCUUCCUUAUCAGAAAUGAUUUCUUGAAAAAAAAAAAGUCUAUUCCCUUUAUUUUUUUUUAUUUUUUUACUUUAAUUUUUGUUUAGUGUGAUUGUUUAUACUAUCUUUUAGUUAUUGUUUCUUUUUUUUCAUUAGUGUUUUAUUUGUCUUUUUCUUAGUACUCAUAGCAUUUAAGUCCUCUAAAAAAAUCAUAAAAUACAAAAAAAAAAAAGUAAGUUAUAAAAACUUCUUCAUAAAACGCUUAGUAUUUGGUACAACGGUGUAAUAUUGUAUAUGACACAAACCAAGAUUGUUCUGUCUAGAAAGAUUGGUUUUUAAAUAAGGUUUGUGUUAGUGUACCCUCCACCUUACCUGGGAACCUCGGUUCUGUCUAGGCAAGGUUGGGACGAAGCGGUACCUUGGCAACCUUUCCAAUUGGCCUGGGAACAUUUUUGUGUUAAUCAUUGUAAUAUUACAUUUUUGUGCUAUUUACUAUAACAAAAACAACCUUGUUUUAUCAAAAAUAAGCAACUCAUUUUUGCUUAGAAAGGUCUUUGGUCGAAAAGGUUAGUGAACCCUUCACACUUACCUAGUAAACCCCGGGGAGUUCUAGUAAGUUGUGAAGGACCAUUCUAAAAACCUCCAAAGUAACCUGGGAACAAGUUGAACAAAAAAAUUAAAUAUAUUUAAAAAAAAAAAAAAAGCAAACAAGAGUGGAUGAGUAACUCUUCUUCUGACGAAACCACUUCUAGUGAAACUUCGUCCAAUCCAUCCACUACUCCUUCUCCCAUUCACACGAUAAUCGGUAAUCCCUUCGCAAUGAAUAAUAAUAAUGAAAUACAACAGAGAACACUUAAUGAUUACCUUCACCCCACCCAAACUUCCAUACCAUCAUGCUUCAUAUUUCCACCUAAUAUGCCAAGUCUUGGUGUCAAACCCGGCAUUAUUCAACUUUUGCCAACUUUUCAUGGAAUAGAAAAUGAAAAUCCAUAUGUGCAUAUUAGGGAAUUUGAGGAAGUUGUUGACACUUUUUAUGACCGAGCAACCAUCAAUGAUGCUGCACGCUUAAAGUUUUUUCCCUUCUCCUUGAAGGAUAAAGCUAAAAGUUGGUUGUAUUCUUUGAGAUCUAGGUCUAUCGGAACAUGGGAAGAAAUGACCAAAACAUUUUUUGUUAAAUAUUUCCCUGUCCAUAAGACCAACAGUUUGAAAAGACAAAUCUCAACAUUUUCCCAAAAAGACAAUGAAACGUUCUAUCAAGUCUGGGAGAGAUUUAAAGAUCUCUUAAGUCAGUGUCCACACCACGGGUACGAGAGUUGGCGCAUCGUCAGCUACUUCUAUGAAGGCCUCACAAGUCGUGAGCGCCAGUUCGUAGAAAUGAUGUGCAACGGUGAGUUCCUUCAAAAGGAACCCGAAGAAGCUCUUGAGUUUCUCAUUGAGCUUGCUGAAAAAUCUCACACAUGGACUGGUCCAAGUGCUGCUGAAAGCACCAACAGAAAUCGACCAGCUGGGAUUUACCAACUUCGGGAAGAGGACAGCUUAAAGGCCCAAGUCGAAUCUUUAAAAAAGCAAAUUGAAAUCCUUACGACUAAAGAUGGCCAAAAAGGGUGCAUGGUUGCCCAAGCACAAUCCAGACCACUCGAACCUUGUUUCGUUUGUGGAGAAAAUGGGCAUUUAGCUAAGGACUGCUUAGUUUACAAAGAAAUGAAGGGGGUUCAUGAGGAGCAAUGCAAUGCCUUAGGGCAAUAUAACAAGCCAUUCUCCCAUACGUACAACCCUGGUUGGAGAAACCACCCGAAUUUCAGUUGGAGAGAUAACUCUAACCAAGCUCAAACAUCUGGAGGACAAUGGAGAAAUGAGCAUCAAGCUCAACCUCCAAAGGCAUAUCCUACGCCUCAAUACAAUGCUCAACAACAAGGGAACUCCCUUGAAAGCACUAUUCAUGCAUUCAUUGAGGAACAAGCUAAAAUCAAUCGCCAAUUAAAGGAAGAUGUCCAAGAAAUAAAAAGUCAAUUUUCAAAAUUGACCGCAUCCUUGGCUAUUUCUGAGAAAGGCAGACUUCCUUCCCAACCUCAAUUCAAUGCACAAGGGCAACAUAUGGCUGAAACCUCCACCUCUAAUGAUCCCAUCGUUAAAGGGGUUAAUGCCAUCACAACAAGAAGUGGUAAAACUUUGGAAGAUCAAUCCAUCAAAACCACUACUUCAAAUUCAAAAGUUGCCCCUGACAGUGCACCAAUAAAUGCUCAAGCAAAAGUACCAUUUCCUGUGCUCUUAGACACAUUGGGAAAAUUCCCGAAAACCGAGCCGAACUCCUUGAGCACUUGA